GCGGCCUUGUGCGCAGGCGCGGGGUCGUGCCCCGGAAGCGCUGCGACUGCGCGGGCGGUUUGGCGGCGGGAUGGAGCUGGGCGCGGGGCCGCUGUCGCCGUCCUCCCCCGCGGCGCGGCAGAGGCGCCUUCGGGCCCGGGGCGGCGCCGGCGGGACGGUGUCCCCUUUGCCUGCGGCUCCGGUAUCAGGUGGCGGCUGGCCGAGGAGCGCGGCGGCGGGAGGCCAGGCCGGAGGCGGCGGCAGCCAUGCUCUGCACUUUUCUUCAAGCAGUGAUGAUGAAUUUGAAGCGUUUUUAGCUAGAAUGAAAACUCCAAAAUCCCUGACACGUCAAAUUUCCAAAAAGGAGGAUGUGAGUUUGAAGGACUUCAUUGAUGACUCGGUGGAUGAUUUCUUCUUGGACUUUAAAAAGAGAAACAGCACAACUAAGAGUGCACGGAAGGAUCUUCAGAUCCCGAAGAAGUCAACGAGUUCUGGAAAAGAAAAUAUUUGCUCCCAGGAAUUGCCGAAUCUAGAUGCCUUAAGUGACGGUGAAGAUUCUGCCUCUGUAGAAAGUUCAUGGCAUGACUGCCAAAAAAGGGGAGCGAAAGGCUUGGAGGAGAGUGCGAGGUGCAUAAAACUCCCUUCUCCACAAAAUCGGAAAGAGUUGAUUUCCGGAUGUAGUCCAGACUUGCUUGUUAGAGGGAAAGCAAGAAACUGUGAAAAGGAGAAUACAGAAGAUAAAAUGCCAGCCUUAGCAUUCCGACAAAGUACAGAGUUUGAAUCAGACAGCUCAGAUGGUGAAUUUGAAUCUUUAAUAGAAUGGAUAAGGAAACAAAGUCUGCCUCGAAAACCUAUCUUAAGUACAAGUAAAACUGUCUACCAGCCAAGCACAAUAGAAAACCUCAAGUCACCCUGUGAAGGUGCUCAGCCCUCAAAAAGUGAGGGAGGCAAGAGACCAAAGUCAAACUCCAUUUUACUUAAAGAAACACCUUCCAGGAUAAUGUCUUCUGUGAGAUUUCCUAGGAGUCAGUCGGUCAGUUACUCACCAUUAGCACAGACAAAGGAAAAGUGUAAUUUGUGCUCUGUGCCUGGCUGUUUCUUGCAAGAUCUCUCAAACCCAGCAUCCCAAUAUGUGAAGUAUUUCAAAAAAAAUAAAGAGGACCUGACACUGAAGCUCUACCGUCUCUAUAACAACACCAUCUUUGAGCAGAAGUUACCAGAGAAAAUGGAAAUAAUCUGGAAUAAGAAAAUGAGAAAAACAGCAGGAUACUGUGUAACUGGGCAGAUAAAAAGUCCUGAAGCACAGCGUUACGCUCGAAUAGAACUCUCUGAGAAAGUCUGUGACUCUGCAGACCGUCUUCGAGACACCCUAAUUCAUGAGGUUUGCCAUGCAGCCACCUGGUUGAUCAACGGUGUUCGGGAUGGACACGGACGAUUCUGGAGAUUUUAUGCCAAGAAAUCAGCUGUGAUUCAUCCAGAGCUGCCAGUGGUGACACGAUGCCAUAGCUAUGAGAUUAAGUACAAAUUCACCUAUGAGUGUGUUUUGUGCAAAACCACGAUUGGACGUCAUUCCAAGUCACUGGACACGGAGCGCUUUGUGUGCGCACGCUGUGGGGGGCAGCUGGUCCUGAGUCAGCCCACUCGGAAAGAUGGCACUCCUGCUAGGACACAUCUAACACCCUUUGCAAAGUAUGUGAAAGAAAACUAUGGAUCUGCUAAAAAAGAGCAGCGUGGGUUGAGCCAUGUGGAAGUUAUGAGGAAACUCAGUGCCGACUUUGCUUUAAAAACUAGGCUUCAAGAUUCCUUGUAAAAUCUCAGUGCUCAUACUUUCUUGAGGCUGCUUAAUUUUUGUAUGUAUCAAUAAAGAAAGAUCAGUCUAACAUGGAAUAUAUAUAGGAAAGUUUUUUAGAAGAUUCCAGAUAACUUUAAUAGCUUAGCAGUCUAAGAUCCUGAGGCCUUUUCUAAAACGAGUGACAGAGUGAGCAAGAAGUAAUGAUGAUAGAGAAUCAGUGGCAACAGUACUCUCAUUUGCAGUUGACUGGUUUGCGCACCUUCCUUACACUUCAGAUAAACAGCUACUGUGCCUGGAAAGAUGCAGUUCUAGGCCCUUCAUGGGACAGCGUUGCCAUAUUUGUCUGGAAUUUUCUGAACACUAUUUACACAUAGUGCUUCAUAGCAUGUGUUCAGUGACUCUACUGAGCAGUAGUUUUACUGUGUAUGUCAUCUGGGUAGCUGAUCUGCUCAGCUGGCGGUAUACUAGACUCUACGUAUGUGCUAUAGAACGGCUAUGUGUAUAUCUGGGAUUGCCAGAUGCAAAAAAAAACCUCGGGCACAUGAGCCAAGUCCUCUGAUUCUGUCUGGAUGAUUUUCAGGCAGGAAAAGGGCAGAUCUGAGGAAGACUUGACCCUGGGUUCAGGUGCUCUCCCAAGGAGAGUUUCUUGAAUGUUUUCUUUAAAAGUAAGCUUAGGAAAAAUGACGCCUCAAAUUUAUUAGAAAAGUGUUAGCUUUUUCCAAAGCCCUCUGGCCCCUAAUGAGAUCAAAGCUAUCUUUCUGGUUAAAUUCUGAUGGCAAUUGUUCCUCAACAAUUGAGAUUUCAUAGAAACUGAAAUAGAUGCAAAAGGACAGAUGGGGGGGGGGCAAAUUCAAACGGCUUUCCCACAAUAGAGUGAGAAGCCUAGGCAGCUGACUUAAAUCUUUCCUGUAGAACUUGAGUGAAUGUGUGUUAGAGUUGCAAUGUUUGUCUGCUGUGAACAAAUUGCUCAGGUGAUCAGCAAUUUUGCAUCAUUAAUAAAUGUCUUUUUAUACCAA